AUCGAAUCACUCACUCUUCUCUCUCUCGAAGUUCUCUGAAGCUGAAAAAGAGAGGAUUAGAAUGACGAGCAUUCCAGGUAGAGGGUGGUCCAGUGGCAGGUUGUUAAGAACGGGUCUGACCCAGCUUCAUAUGGACCCGAACCCGAGAAGAAUAAGAAUCGGCAGCGAUUAUACUCAUCUUAAAGCUUUUUCCAAAUCCAUGGAUGGUGGUGGUAUAGCAGGACGAGGAAAUGGUGUGCUUCGGUUUCCUUUGUCUCCCACCUGCGAUUUCGUUAUCCAGAGAGGAGAUAUCACCAAGUGGUUCGUAGACGGUUCCACCGACGCCAUUGUAAAUGCAGCGAAUGAGCGAAUGCUUGGAGGUGGUGGUGCAGAUGGAGCCAUACAUAGGGCUGCGGGUCCAGAUCUUCUGGAAGCAUGCCGGAAUGUCCCAGAAGUUAGACCUGGAGUUCGCUGCCCAACAGGAGAAGCAAGGAUUACUCCAGGCUUCAGGUUGCCUGUCUCUCAUGUGAUUCACACAGUUGGGCCCAUCUACAAUGCCAAUAGUGAUCCAGAAGCCACUCUGAGAAGUGCAUACAGAAACAGCUUGAGGGUUGCCAAAGAUAACAACAUUCAAUAUAUUGCUUUUACUGCCAUAUCUUGUGGUGUCUAUGGAUACCCUUAUGAGGAAGCUGCCACAGUUGCUAUAUCUACAGCUAAAGAGUUUGCAAAUGACUUUAAAGAGGUGCACUUUGUACUGUUCCUUGAAGAUAUCUACAAUGUCUGGUUGAACAAGGCGAAUGAAUUGCUCUAAACAUCAAUAAGAGUGCCUCGGUCUAUUCUAGAUGCUUAUAGAGAAUUGAUAAACUUAGCAUAUUUUGUGGUUGUUGAAUGGUUGGACUUUUGUACUUAUUACCUUCAUCUGAAAGACAUUGGAGUGAGUGAUAUUGGUGCUUUGUCAACUUUAUGAAGUACUUGAUAUACAGGACUGUAAACCUUCUUGUAAAUCUUCUUCAUAUGGUCAUUUUGCCUAUUAUAUUAACUAGUUGAUAAUUACUCCA